AGAAGUGCCUGCUUAAUUGGAAGAGAACAAUGGUAGGAAAGGCUAGAUCUUCCAAUUUUACCUUAGCUGAAAAGCUUGAUCUACUAAAGCUAGUGAAGCCAUAUGUGAAAAUCCUGGAAGAACACACUAAUAAACAUUCAGUAAUAGUGGAAAAGAACAGAUGUUGGGAUAUCAUAGCAGUUAACUAUAAUGCAACUGGAGUAGAUCGCCCUCCUCGAACAGCACAGGGCCUACGAACCCUUUACAAAAGGCUCAAAGAAUAUGCCAAACAGGAGCUUUUGCAGCAAAAAGAGGCCCAAUCAGACUUUAAGUGCAAUAUUUCUGAGCCAACCAAGAAAGUUAUGGAGAUGAUUCCCCAGAUUUCCAGUUUUUGCCUGGUAAGAGACAGGAACCACAUACAAAGUGCAAACUUGGAUGAGGAGGCACAGGCUGGUACCAGUUCUCUUCAGGUGAUGUUGGACCACCAUCCUGUUGCCAUUACAGUGGAGGUGAAGCAAGAAGAAGACAUUAAACCACCUCCUCCACUGAUUUUAAAUCCUCAGCAGAAUGAUAUGUUAGAGCACAGAGAAGAGCAUGGGUUAGUCCAUGUCAUGGAAAGAUCUUUGUCACCUUCACUUUCCUCUGUGGACAUGAGAAUGACAUCGUCUCCGUCUUCUAUCCCAAGGAGAGAUGAUUUUUUUCAGCAUGAGAGUGGAGAACACUUUAGGUCACUAUUAGGGUAUGACCCUCAGAUCCUGCAAAUUUUGAAAGAGGAACAUCAGAUAAUUUUAGAAAAUCAAAAAAACUUUGGAUUGUAUGUUCAGGAGAAGAGGGAUGGAUUGAAAAGAAGGCAGCAGCUGGAGGAAGAGUUACUAAAAGCAAAAAUUGAAGUGGAGAAGCUGAAAGCAGUUCGCUUACGGCAUGGUCUACCUGAAUAUAAUAGCCUCUAAGCUUUUUUUUGGGCUUGUGAUUUGAUAAUUUAAAUUUUGGCCAAAUUGCUUAAAUUCAGGAAUAUCUUGAUACAGAACCAAUGGCCUUAGAAAAUGUGAUUGAUCUCCAUUAUGGAAAAAUUUUUGGCUUGAUUUUCUAAUUAUUUUCUGGUGAUAUAUUAAAACUUGCUGAUGGGCUAGCAUAGUUAUAUUUUGUCUUCUCCCAAUUUUUUUCCCUUGUAAAAUUAAUUGCUGACUUUAUCAAAGAUGCCUUAUUUCAUUUAUCAAACACAUGUGUAUAUUCUCCCCAAAUUCUCAGUCUUCAGCAUAUUUAAUUGGAACUUUGAAUGCUGUAAAGAUUUUUUAGGCUAAUUUAGAAGCCCCCCUCCUUUCCUAACAGAGGCUGACCUGCCAUUGGCUCUUUGAUCUUUUGAAGUAGUAAGUCCAGAUAUUUUAGAGAUGGAAGAUGCUGGAAGACACUUUUGCUCACCUCUUUAAUUUAGAAGUAAUGAAGCUGAGGUCCAGGGAGAGACCUCAGUGACCUACCUGUGGGACAAAGCUAUUUGCAACAGAGCAAGGACCAGCAUUCAGAUUUUUUGUGUGUCAUUUACCCCCAUCUGCUAUUCUGCAGAAGUAAAAACUCACUGAAAUAUUCCCUAGAAUUAAUAAUUAGAUCAUUUUAUUUUAUAAAGUUGCCUUAAAAGUUUGUAGGUUUUAAAAUUGAGGGAAUUGCUUCAUCAUUCCAUCUCUCUUCUCUUUCUGUCCAGAAAAGCACAGCAGUAUCUGCUGAGGCUAUUAUAUAUUUAAACUGUGUGACUUAAGGUUGUCUUGUAACUCAUUUUAAAUGUGUUAUUCAGAAAAAUUUCACAGUAAAAGUCAAUUAAAGAUUGAAGGUUUACUUGGGAUUAA